AUGGAUUAAAUGUCCGAAGAAGAUCGUGCAGUAAUAGAUUUAAAAAAAGUAAAAGAUAAUUUGUUCGAACGUCAAAAAUAAAUAGAGCAAAAUAUGUAACAAGCAUAAGAAUAAGCUAAAGAAUUUUUAAAAUAAAAAUAAUAAAUAAGAGCUAAAUAUGCACUAUAAAGAAAAAAACUUUACGAUAAUUAUUUAGAUAAUAUACUUUAGUAAGAUCAUAUUAUUAAUAAAACAAUUAUGUAAUUAAAAUAAACUUUUGACUAAAAAUAAUUUGCUGAAACUCUUAAAAAUGCAAGCUAAUUAAUGAAAGAUAUUAAUAAAUCUAUUGAUAUUGAUGCAAUUUAGGAAGCUGGAGAAAAUUUAAAAGAAUUAGAAAUAAAUAACUAAAAGUUUAAUGAGCUUUAUUAAUAAUAUGUAGGAGAUGAAGGAGAUUAAGAAAUUUAAAAUGAUAUUAAUUAAAUGGAAGCUGAGUUAAUUAAAUUCUAAGUAGAAAAUAUACCUAAAGCUAAUGUAAAUAAUAAUAAAGUUUAAGAAAAUUAAUAAAAUAUAUAAAAUAAAUAACAAAAUGAUAAUAUUGAUGAUUAAUUAGCAAUGUUAGCAUGA